CGUUCUUAUAUAUGAGGCAGCGUCUGGUAUAGACAGGGGUCAUGAGGGAGGGUCAGAGCGGACGGACAGAAAAAAAAGGCAGGAUGGACAGGCAGGCAAAAAAGCAAUUCCAAGGAAUCAGCAAUCAGUUGCAGAUAGGAAUACGCUCAAUCGGACCAAUCAUCAUGGGCGAUCUAGCCGGCAAUUAAACAAGCUAGUGCAAGAUCUUGCCGGAUGGGCGACGACAGACCAGUCCGGUGAAGUGCUCUAUCCAGUUCGGGACAACCCUGGGUGAAGAUGGGCAAGGUGGGGCAAGAGGAUGAUGACCUUCAGUGGGUGUGGUGAGAAAGAUCUGGUCGAAUCGACCAAGAUACAUGCAGAAAUGAAGGCUAAUCCAUGACAAGGAUACGCAGGCUCAUUGGAGUUGAGGUUGACAACGAAGCUUGAAUCGGGACAUGAGAUUGGUGAAUGCGAUGUAGAAUACUCACCAAGGAGGAAACGGUACUGAAGUAUUUACAUUUGAUGAAGGGAAGAUAACCAGAGAAGCUCACCGAGGCUGGAAGCUCGCUAUCGCUGGAUGCCACUGGAGGAUGAGGCUUGGAUCUGACUAUGCACCACACAGCCGAGACUCGAAGGCACUCGGAAGCUCCGGGAGGAAGAGACCAACAUAAAAGAACCCUCUAAGGCAACUUGACAGCAGCUGAUGAUGAGCUACAAAAAACACAAUCAACCGGAGAUGCUGGAGAUCUGGAAGAAGACCAAGCAAAGUCAUUAAGAUGGACACCACCAAAACGAGUGAAAAGCAAACCACGCAGAGCCAAUUGAAAGUGGGAGGUAAAGUGAGUAUCGAGGCCCCGAGCGGUUAUUUCCGGACUUUCCUCAGAGUGUGGAUGGGUGUACACUUCAUCCAAAAGUCCGACAUCGAAUCGCAUACCGAGCCAUGUCGAUAAUUCUUAUCAUUCGAAAACUGUUUCAACUUCCAAGUGCACUGCACGUAACCCUAAUUAGCCGCGAUUGGAUUCGAUCGGAUUCGAUUUGAACGAUAAGAACUCUGCAUCCAUCCCAAGCAUGGUUAAUCGCUGAUGAUCGCAGUUGGACGCAAUACUCUGGU